AUGGCAGCCGUCUUCGAAAGACAGACCGCAUUGAUUAGUCGGGAAACUUGGGACCCAUCACAUAUUGAUACACUUUGGGUGACAGCACCUUUUGAGCUUCUACAAGAGCCUAUCGACUUUUCCAACCCAGGCGAACGGACGCGCAAUUUCGACUUAGACGAGCAUAUGUUGGACUCAUCCAAUAUUCAGUGGCUCAACCACGCGUUGGACGAGAUCCUUCUAGAAGCACCGCAACUGGCGUGGACUAAGGACGAAUGGACGUUUACCCCACUUGAUAUGCAAGAGCUGCCAAACGUCACAGUGUCCUCGAAAUCGCGUUCCGGUUCUGGUAGACAUACAAGCUCCAAUUCUAUAGCGUCACCCGCAAACGCGUCUUUCAUCACUUCCGCUAUCCGAAGUCGAUUAGAGUGCUCUCCGAUCGCCGUACCAGACUCCGGCUGGCUUGACCAAGCCGCAGACGUUUUCCCCAAUCGUACCAAUGAAGCGCUACAAGGAUUUGCAUUACCAACUACUCUAUUCGACGGCGAAUCGUACAACACCUCUGUCUUCUCGGCCCGGAGACGGUUAUCAUGCUGUGCCAAUGGCACAGAUCCUGGUCAGCAAGCUGUCGUUGCGUAUUGGAGCAGCAACAGCUCGAUGAUUGAACGUGUGGAUCCCAAUUUCUUCAUACAAGAAUGCACUUAUGAACAACUUACCAAUGGCAACUGCACGAGUGCCAAUGCGCCGUCCGAUUCCCUCAGCGAGGAUGGACCAGAGGAUGUCAUCGUUCAAGGCUCUUGGUGCCGUAACUUUACCAUCAAGUGGAUCGUGGGGCCAGGUGUGACUGCGAAGAUAUCUGGAGCUAAUCCAGCUGCGAACCCGAAGGUACAACAAAUUAGCGCACCGUACGGCUCUGCAGAUGAAGAGCUUCUCUACUUCACGGAAGAGCCCAAGAUGGCUAUAAUGGACUGUAUCAUGGUCAUCGAAAAUACAUCCGCCAGUGUUACUGUAGCUAGGAGUUCUGGGAACGUUUUGGACUACAGCUUGGUGGCGGACCCACAGCCUGCUCUGGACGCAUGGGAUUACGCCUGGGAUAUCCUGUACCCUAGUCCAACAUCCUACACAGGAAGAGGAAAUGUCAGUUACGGCCAUCUAUUCAUGACGCAGCUCCUCACCGCCCCACACAUCAUCACACCUCACAUAGCACAUUCCUGGCUAUCCUAUAACCGCAGCAUCGAAGAAACAGCAAGCGAACGCUUCAACAUUCGCGACCGGGAUCGUGGCCUCAACGUCGACUUCAUGUCCUACGCAAACUGGAACCUUGCCAACAAAGACACCGAAUCCCUGCUAAAUACAACAACGCUCUUGCGACAUUCCGAGAAGACGUUACAAAUCUUCUUCAAACACAUUGUCAAUAGCGGGUCGUCGAGUCUCAGCGGGCGCUGGUCAUCUUCAGGGCCUGAGAGAGCAGCCUACCAGCGAGCCUCGUCACAGCCUGUGAAUGGGACGUUUACGAAACGGGUUGAAGUUCUUGCUAUGAAUGAGACGGCAACGUGGCUCUCGCUUACCAUACUCAUCCUACUUAUCGUUAUCCUGAUUAUUCUGGUCGUGAGCUUGCAGAUCGUAUAUCCGAGCUCAUGCAUGCAACAUCGCGUCGAGUGCUUGGCAGACGCACUGGCUAUGGUUGCUGGAAGCGAGGGGCUGAUCGGUUUGAUUGAAGAGCAGGGUGUUGACGGCUUUGCUAAGAGUGGUAGACUGACUAAACUGGGUUGGUUCAGAGACGCGCGGGGAGAUGUCAGAUGGGGUGUUGAACUCGUGGAUGCAGAAGGUGUGGAAUGGGUUGAUGGACCAGAGAAGGUUGCCUCGGCUGGACACGAUGAGGAGUCUUCGAUUCAAAGCGGAGAAGUAGUCGAUGCGAGCAGUGUGCUUUUGGAAAGCGAACGAAGGUCACCUUCGCCACGACGUUCCGUUCAGGAGCAACACACAGAGCCAAUGCUGGAACCCAGCGAUGUCGCCAACAACGCAUCGAGGCCAUAG